UUCAAGCAGUGGCCAAUUACAGCCGACUAACGUCAUACUUUUUACUCAGCUGACACUAAUGGACUUGUCAACAUCGCCUACUACACAGGUGCGUACAGACUUUCGCUCUGCUCCGCAACCGAACGUCACUCCAGCAGAGCGAUUGAUGAUCGACCGGGGAGCAACAGUGGUUCGACCGGGAAACGCGAGAAGAUCCAACAUCUUCCGUAACGUUCAUGAUGGGUGCGCUGGCGGAGCGACUGUGGUACGAUGGAGGACGGUGCGGGUGCGGGUUGGAAAGCAAAGUGUGGCCAGUGGUGUGCAGGGGGAGGGGGGGAAGGCGCGGACCAGAGGACAAUGGUCGCUGGUCUGGGAUGCCGGAUGCAAGUGUGGGGUCGCUGAACAGGGUGUGGGAGGUCCGCGGAAAGCGAGCAUCUAA